AUGCAGCCUAUUUCCCCAGAGUCGACCGUGUCGACCGUGUCAAUGGAGGUCAAGGGAUCGCCUCUUGUCUUGCUACAUCAACAUUCUCUCGAGCUUACCCCGGACGGCAAAUAUGUGCGAUGGCUGCGGGAUCACCCUAAGCAUCCGCGCAAUUGGUCGGCCCUUCGGAAAUCAUAUGAUCUGACGCUCGUUUGCUUAUUGGAUCUUUUUAUUACGGCAUCAAGCACCGCGGGUUCGGCUGCUGCUGCUCAAGCUGAAAUUGAAUAUAAUAUGAAUAAGACACUCGCAACAUUCAUUUUCGUCACCAUCUUCCUUCUCGGCCAAGUCGCAGGCACGAUCUUGUUCCCUCCCUGGUCGGAGGCUUUCGGGCGCAAGAAUAUGUACAUCUUCAGCAGCGGCCUUAGUGCCAUUUGUUGUAUGAUCAUUGGUCUCGUUCGACCAAUGUCAGUCAUCAUUGUGAUGCGUAUUAUUUCUGGUCUCCUCUCCGCGAUCCCGUAUACCAUUAUUGGCGGUAGUAUCGAAGACAUGUUCAACACGAGAGGUCGAAUCUGGGGCAUGUACUGCUGGACCAUCGCAUCGAAUAUCGGUCUUGUCUUGGGGCCCAUCAUAAGCAGCUAUGUCGUUGCAGAGCUCGGUUGGCGCUGGAACUUUUACAUCUUUGCAAUCAUCAUUGCAGCAGUUACUGGUGGAUUGUGCGUGAUUCGCGAAUCGCGACCCGCCUUGCUGUUGGCCCACGAGGUCAGAAAGGUCUCUGAAUUGACCACCAUGGACUCAAUCCCACCGCCACUCAACCAUGAUCACAUUCCAGAUCUUCACACCUUCGUGAGGGAGUCUCUACUCCGCCCUGCUCAGUUGUUCUUCCGAGAGCCCAUCAUUUUCCUCGUUGCGAUGAUGAUCGCCGUCUCCAUGUCUCUCAUCUACAUCUUCACGCAAGCCCUGCAACCUAUUUUUGAAUCCAUGGGCUUCAAGGAAACCGAUGCAUCUCUCAUGUUCAUUCCAAUUGCCAUAGGAACAGUCCUCAGUGCAUUCACACGGAUAUUGGACGAACACAUUCUCAGACGUUUCCGCGAACAAGGCCAGCCAAUCAAGCCAGAGCACAAACUGGCAGGACUGGCAAUUGGCGGUCCAGUGCUGGCACUUUCUCUAUGGUGGUUUGCUUGGACGGUCCCCUCUGCCGUGCAUACGUCCUGGGUCGUUCCAGCCAUCUCUCUUGUGUUGGUUGGCUACGCUCUGACUGAGCUGGAUACUACACUUUACGGUUACAUUUCGGAUAGUUAUUUGAGCUAUUCGGCCAGUGCUACUGCUGCUGUUGCUUUCGUGCGAGCAUUGCUGUCGGGUACUUUCCCGCUGUUUACGGAUCAGAUGUUCGAUGGGCUGGGCAACAAUGUUGCUAUGUCGGUGCUUGCUGCCGUGGCGACUGUUUUCUGUGUGGUGCCGCCCUUGUUUAUAAUCUAUGGUGAGAGAAUUCGCCAGGCGAGCAAGUUCGCCCGGUAUAGCUGGGAUAUCCAACAGGAGUUGGGCAAAGACGAGGAUGAUAUGUGA